UAUCUGCCUAAGAUUAGUGGUCGAGUUUUCUGAGUAGGGACCGAAUGAACCCUAGCAACGUGAUUUUGACACAUUGCCUUAUAGCUAGCUAGCUAAAUAUCUUACGGGCACAUUUAGGUUCUUAUGGGGAACCAAGAUUGUUCCCAUAAUUACUAUAAAAAAAUAACAGCAAACGUGAGCUAAAUUGGAAUGCUUGCCUUCACUGGAAGCUAGCAUUAGCAUUGUUGGCUAGCUAGUUAGCAAAUUGAGUCUUUGAUUAACUGAAUAUAAAUUACUUAACGUUAGCUAUCUGAAAAUGCUGAACAAAUCCUUUACUUGCAAUGUAAUUUUGUAAAUCGAAGUUACCUAGCUAACAUUUGUCAGCUUACAUAUAUUUAUGUACAGCUAGCGGUUAGCUAGCUAGCACACCAGUUGGAAGAAGUGAGGCGAUUGAUUCGUCUCGUCUGGCAUGAUGGUGCUCUCUAGCUAGCUUGGAGUUCUUAUUAUAGCUCAGUGGCUAGGAGACUGCAUUACAAAGAGCUCACCACUCUUGGUUGAUAAAUUGUUAAAUCACACAAUUUAGAUUAGUCUGUCACGAUGGAUCUUAAUUUUUACUCUGACCUCUCUGAUGGCACCAGUCAGAAUAUCGACCAGGAGUUCUUGGAAGCACAGGGUUAUAAUGGAUACGACCCAGUUAACAAGUUUCCAGGAGGCAGUGAUACUUACCUUACCAUCUCUGGGGCAGGUCAUCCUUUUCUCUCCUCUGAGCAGACAUUCCAUACACCCAGUCUUGGUGAUGAGGUGUUUGAGAUCCCUCCCAUCUCCCUGGACCCGGACUCGGCCCUCAGUGUGGGGGACGUGGUGUCCCAUUAUGGCGAACUAUCAGGGGGAGCAGGGGGUCCUUCCGGGGCUGGAAGCCUGGUGAGGAGUGCUGUGGUGGGGGGCAAUGACCCCUCCUUUGCCUCCACCUAUGUGAACCCAAACUCUCAGGGCUUGGAGCACCUGAGUCUGAGGGUGAUGAGCCAGCCUGGAGGGGGGGCCCUGCUUAGCUCAACACUGGGGGUGGAACUUGGCCACUCCAUUGGCUCCCAUUUCAGCAGCUCCUCUCCAAUGACCAUUGAUGUCCCACUUGGUGACAUGAAUCAUGGCCUAUUGGGACACAAUCAGCUAACUACUAUUGACCAAUCAGAGUUGAGUGCCCAGCUUGGGCUUGGUCUUCAUGGCGGGAACAUUCUGUCCCGUUCCAAGUCCCCUGACCAGCUGUCUCCCACGCCUUCUCUAGCGGGCUCCCUCCAGGAUGAUGACAUGGAUGACCUCAGGAAGAGUGUGCUGGUUGACUCUCCAAUGUCCCUGUCUGUCUCCCCUGCAAUACUCUCCCACCUCUCCACCAUGCCGGGCUCUGCCCCCAUGCUCUCCUCCUCCAUCUCCCCUGCGUUGGUGAGGCGAGGCGGAGGCAAGCCAGCUAUGGUGGCCGCUACAGCAGGGCCUGGAGGAGGGAAGAAGGGGAAGAAGAAGAAAGAUCCCAACGAGCCCCAGAAACCCGUCUCUGCCUACGCCCUGUUCUUCAGGGACACCCAGGCUGCCAUCAAGGGCCAGAACCCCAACGCCACAUUUGGAGAGGUGUCCAAGAUCGUAGCCUCCAUGUGGGACAGCCUUGGGGAAGAGCAGAAACAGGUCUAUAAGAGAAAGACAGAAGCAGCGAAAAAGGAGUACUUGAAGGCAUUAGCAGCUUACAGAGCCAAUCAGCUCUCACAGCCCUCCAUUGAAGUGAUGGACACGGCCUCUUCACCACCACCUCCAGUGCCUGAGCCAGUGCAUGUGACCCUCCUGGCUCCCGCCCGCCCCUCCCGCCUCCCCCAGCACAACCCUGACCAGAAUACCAUCACCAACAUCUGCGCCUCCAACAUCAUUCUGGACGUCCCCCAGGUCACCACACGCUCCCGCACAGGGGCUCACAAGCCCCCCACCCUGGGCCCCACCACAGCCACCCCGACCCUGACCCCCACCAUCACCAAGAUCAUCAUCUCCAAACAGAUACUCCAGGCCGGGGCUCAGCUCCACCAGAUCCCCACCUCCAUGGUGACUGUGCUCCCUGGCGGUGUGCGCACCCUGCUGCCCUCGGCCCCUCGCCAGCCCCCACCUCUGCAGCAGAUGCAACAUGCCCCUCCUCCCCCGCGGCUCCAGCAUAUGGUACACUCCCCAGCCCCGCCUCCCCUCCAGGCCAAGCCCAGAGGAAGUGCUGGACCUGGGCUUCCUGUGUCCAUCACCGCGACACCUCCCCCUCCACUACAGAUCAAGAUAGUCCCGGCUUCUUUGCAAGCAGACGAAUCCUUGCCCAUUAUUGUUACAACAACAGCAACCGCCAACUCAAUUGGUGUCACCAAUUCCACUGUACCUACAUUGGCUUACUCAACCCCUACAGUGGCUCUGCAAUUGGCAAAGUCCACUGACUUGACGGCCAGUGCAGAUGAGGAUGCGGUCACGGAAGAGUUCACGUCAGGAGAGAUGGAAAUGGAAUUGAAUGUGUCUCCAGGUGCCACUGAUGCAGCUACUGGCUCUCUGACUAUGUGUGUACGCGCAGGAUGCACCAAUCCUGCAAUAGAGAGCACGGACUGGGACAAGGAGUACUGCAGCAAUGAAUGUGUCGCCACUCAUUGCAGGGAUAUCUUCAUGGCCUGGUGCUCCAUCAGGAAUCAGAACACCAUGGUUGUCAAGUAAAGACCAGGAUUACCCAGACAAGGGGUGAAUGUGUCUUGUUGGGUCAGGGGUGAUAACAGGCCUAAGGCAGACUGAUUGGGGUGAGAGGAAGAGAUGCAGUUCGGAGGAGAGGAGAGCAACUGGAGAAAAGAAAAGUGUGCGGUGUACCACAAAGUGAUCCAUUGGAAAGACUUUAUCAACAUAACACAUGGGAUUCAUUUACAAAUUCACGAACAGUGGAGACAGUGGCCGAGAUGAUAACUUGAGAGGAUAAAAUGUUUUUAUGUUUUAUUGUUUGGACGUGCAUACCUUUUAACAGGUCUAUUCACACUGAUUGUGUUAGAAGAGGAGGUACCCAAUAUGAAGGGACCUGAAAUCAUAGUGGGAUUGGAGAGGGUUCUAUUCCAGAGGGUACAUUAUAGUGCCACUAGUUGUGACUAAGCUCCAUUUGACACGUUCUUUGAAAUCAGUUUUGACAGAAAGAAAAGUUAAAUAUACAAGAUUUUUUGUGAUCCAUGGCAGCCAAAAGCUUCAUAAAAGGUGUGCCAUCUUCAUUCUUAACUAUUUGGAUAAAUAUAUAUUUGAUACACAUCUAUUUUUUGUCAGUUGGCUUUAGGUCCUUGAAAAACAUUUGUCAGCGUCUCUUCUUUUUAGAGAAACAGAAUCAGGAAAACACAAAACAAAAAUGUGUGUGAAACUGAAAAUAUGUGAUAUUAGAAAGUUAUGUAUCAUGCAACGCUCUUGUUUUCUUUUUACAUUUAGUUUAGUGGCCUCUAGGGCCAAUACUCUUACUUUACAUUACUGUCAAGGAAAUGUUCACUGUGUCCGGUGUGAGUAAACGACUGCAGAAAUCAAGGUGAAUUUGUCAUCUGCUUUUUAAAUAAAAGAGCAAUGAAGAUAAGGAGCUCAAA